UCCUGUUGUGCUCCGAGUUCAGUGCGAAACAGAUCAAAGGCGAAGAUACCGGUAGUCGCUAUAGAGGCGGAUGGAAGUGAUGUGAGCUGUAAGUUACCAUCUGCAAACACACAGUUCUCGGCCUAAACGUGUGGUUCGAUGUUGGGAAAGCUCUUCAGGAUAUCCAGCGAGGAGAUGCCAGACGUCCCACUCUGGAAGGUCUGGAGACGGCGGCGGUACUUGGUCACGCUGCUGACCUUCCUAGGAUUCUUCAACCUCUACGCCCUCCGGGUCAACGUCAGCGUCGUCAUUGUCGACAUGACGGAGAACAAGACGCACACAGUCAGCAACGGGACAGUUGUUCGGGAGAGCGAGUUCGACUGGGACACGGAGCUGCAGGGCCUGGUGCUGAGCUCCUUCUUCUACGGCUACAUCUGCACGCAGCUGCUGGGCGGCUGGCUGGCGCUGCGCGUGGGCGGCGCCGUCCUCAUGACGAGCGCCGUCGCCGUCAGCGCCGUGCUGGCGCUCGCCACGCCCCUGCUGGUGCGCCUCAGCGUCUACGCCUUCAUCGCCAUCCGGGUCAUCCAGGGGCUCGUGCAGGGCAUGUCGUACCCGGCGGCGCAGGCCCUGUGGUCGCAGUGGGCGCCGCCGCGCGAGCGCAGCGUGCUGGCCAACGUGGGCUACGCGGGCUGCGACCUGGGCUCCGUCGUCGCCAUGACUGUCUCGGGCGUCAUCACCGCCAAGCUGGGCUGGCCCGCCGUCUUCUACAUCUUCGGCUUCGUCGGCCUGGCCUGGACGGCGCUGUGGGUCCUGGUAGUACGCCGCGCGCCGAAGGAGGACCACCAUAUCGACCCCCGGGAGCAGCAGUACAUCGAGGAGUCACUGGGCGGGCCACCCGAACAACAGAACCAAGAAUACCCGUGGAAGAAUCUGCUGACAUCGAUGCCUGUAUGGGCAGUGCUGGUGGCCAACUUUACAGCCAACUGGGGCUUUUACACAAUGCUCACAGAGCUGCCCACCUUCAUGAAAGAAACAUUACACUUCAACAUCGAAGAAAGUGGGAUCAUGUCAGCACUACCAUCAUUGUUGAUGCUGUUCAUAUUGCCACUGGCGGGAUUCUCAGCUGACUGGCUGAUCAACAGAAAGCUCCUCACCAUUGGCCAGGUGCGGAAGACAUUCUGCUGCGGGUCCUUCAUUGUGCAAGCAGUGUUCAUGAUGGUAGUGGCAUAUGUGAUGAAGCCUGUUGCUGCAGUUGCCUCACUCACCACUGGUGUUGGGAUUGGUGCCUUCGCCUACUCUAGCUUCUUUGUGAACCCACUGGAUAUUGCCCCGCAGUAUGCUAGCAUCAUUGUGGGCCUGAGCAACACAGCAGGAACAGUGCCUGGCAUUGUCAGUCCUAUCCUCAUCGGCCACAUUGUUCCUAACAGGACAGAAAAAGAAUGGCGGCUUGUAUUUUUAAUUACAAGUGCAGUCUACAUUGUGGGCACCAUUCUUUAUGGAAUAUUUGCCUCUGGUGAAACCCAACGCUGGGCAAAGCAAGGCCAAAAAUGAAAAGAAAGACAGUAUGGAGCAUCAAUAUAUAGAAACUCUUCUUAUGAAGGAAAUCCAUCUCAAGAUGCAUUCAGUAGAUUAGUAUAACCUUCAACUGGCCUGUGGUAAUAAAUGUGGGCUCAUAUUGUGACAAAUUUCCUCGCCUGGCACAAGGAAAGUUACUCCAUGCCUGCAGAUGUAUUGCUACAGAGCUCCACAAUGCUACAGCAGUUUGCCUUCAGAAUUAGUGACUGUGCAUCCUUUAUUAAGCGCUUACAUUAAAUAUUGUAGUAAUAUUGGCAUGUCUUUACUGUAAUAUUCACAAGAAAGUGUUUAAAAGUAAUUACUUACUCUGUUUGUACCAAGAGCUUCAUCAUAUUGCUGAAGUUCACUUUUCAUGCUACAUA